AUGCUGCCCCUGUGUGACCUCUGUGUGACCUCUGCUCCUUCCUCCUUCAGCCCCUGUGAACUCAGUGACCUGGAGUUCCUGGAUGAGGAGUUCCACCAGAGCCUGCAGUGGAUGAAGGAUAACGACAUCGAAGACAUGCUGGACCUCACCUUCACUGUUAAUGAGGAGGUCUUUGGACAGAUCACAGAGAGAGAGCUGAAGCCGGGCGGGGCGGGGAUCCCCGUGUCGGAGAAGAACAAGAAGGAGUACAUCGAGCGGAUGGUGAAGUGGCGCAUCGAGCGAGGAGUGGCCCAGCAGACGGAGAGCCUGGUCCGAGGCUUCUAUGAGGUGGUGGAUGUGCGUCUGGUGUCCGUGUUCGAUGCUAGGGAGCUGGAGCUGGUGAUAGCCGGCACUGCAGAGAUUGACCUGGCAGACUGGAGGAACAACACGGAGUACAGAGGAGGUUACCAUGACAACCACAUUGUGAUUCGCUGGUUCUGGGCAGCUGUGGAGAGGUUCAACAAUGAGCAGAGGCUGAGGCUGCUGCAGUUUGUGACAGGCACCUCCAGUAUUCCCUACGAGGGCUUCGCCUCUCUGCGGGGCAGUAAUGGCCCCCGCAGGUUCUGUGUGGAGAAGUGGGGGAAGAUCACCUCCUUACCCAGGGCUCACACUUGCUUUAAUCGUCUUGACCUCCCCCCUUACCCGUCCUUCUCCAUGCUCUAUGAGAAGCUGGUCACUGCGGUGGAGGAGACCAGCACCUUCGGGCUGGAGUGAGAGAACCAUCUGGAAAUCUACCUUCCUCCAGACGAGAGACAAAUAAAACUAAUCCUCAAAUGGCAACUAACCCCCCCACCCCCACCCCCCGUGGACAACUCUGCUGUUAUGGUCCUGUCUCACUCAGCACUCAGUCUUCUUGCGAUCCUCCCCCUUUCUCUCCCCCAGAGUUAGUGGAGAGAGGACUGCAGAGCUACUCUGUACGGCUUCUUGUUUUCAUGCUCACCUUUGAUCACGUGUGCUUUAUCUCUUCAGUUGAUGGCCUUGUUUACUGGAUUUCUAGCACCUCCUCCUCCUCCUCUAACCUGCACCUCAGAGACAGCUGCUGAAACCCCCUGAGCCUGAG